AUGGCUCGAGAGGAGGUGAUUCUCCUAUUAAUUGAAAAUUGUGUAAUAAGGCGAUAUUGGCAGGGCCCAAGGAGCAGUGAAUGGAUAACAGAUCCUUGCAGUGAAUUUAAUAAUUUAUAUGCCUGUCUUUGUGAGGAGGAUAAGAGUUUCGACGAAAGUGAAGGAGAUGAACUUCUUUAUGUUUAUCUUCAUGAGAAGGGUAAAGGAUUCGACGAAAGUGAAGAAAACUGUUGUUUUCCUGGGACGAAAGUGAAGGAGAAUAUCAGGCUGCUGGAGGGAAGUCAAAAAAGCAUGGCACUGAAAAUUCAUUCUAAGACGAAAAGUGAAAAAUUGACCAGUGACCUUUUCAGUGAGAUGCACUGUGCUGCAGUGGAUACAGGAGGCUCCAGUCACUGUUGGAAAUAUUGUUCUAUGAAUGGGAAUCCAUAUGUGGGCUGUUGGCAGCCAAGAACCCCAAGCGAUAUUCCUGUGGUGGUGGAUGUGGAGAAGACAAGCCACCUUGCGAGAGGAGAUGAUCUGACGCCGGCUCGUGGUUGGCAGUGGAAUGUUCGCAGCUCCAUGUUCGGGGUGGUGAUUGGCGAGCGGCGACCAGCCAAGUCUCCGCGGAUUGACGGCGUGUUUUGCCGUGUGCGGACCAACGCCCGGGCAAAGCUCUCUGCUGGGUGGAGCGAUGAAACAACCGCCCACAGACCUCAAAGAAAGAUGCGCGGAGCUAUGACGACACUGCUCAUCUGCCACCCACGCGGAGAGGAGUGGACAUGUCUGAUCACGCGGCGGACAUGGGGAACUGCGGCCGAAAUCCUCCCGAGAUGCAAAAGAACGAUGAAAGCUUUGGACGUUGGCGGGCCUUUCUGCGCGCACCGUGAGCGGGCCGUCUGA